UUAAUUAUUUUUCGAUUAAUUUUGUUUUGUUGAUUAUAUUGUGCGUUGAUUUGCUGAUGAUGUGUUGAUAAGAGCUGCGCCCCUUGCACAGUGUUUCUGUAUCUGUUGCCUUUGGCCGUUGACCACGGCCUUGUCGUGACGUCACAAGCAGAGGCAGAGGCAGCGGCAGAAGCAGCGCGGCGACAGAGCGGCAACGUAAACGGCAAACGUAGAGACAGCAACAACAACAAACAGCAGCAGCAGAGACAGAGGCAGAGCAGCGGCACAACAGAGCGACAGCAAAGCAACAGCGUGCCAGUUUCACAGUUAAUCCCCUUUUCGUAUGAAAGAGCAGAAAAGGAAGACGGCAAAAAAAUGGGGGGAAAAAAACAUUUUGCCGGCGCGCCGCAUUGAUUGAGCAUUGCAAUGGCUCUCAUUAGGGGUGGAAAAAAUGUGCCGAACCGUCACUUGGCACUGGCAGGCACGAGGCGUUUGUAUCUACAUCGCAUCUCUUCUGCUCGCCCUCAUUUUGGGGGAGUGCAAGGUGUGACAAAUAAUACGUGUUUUAUGAUUGUGUGCGGGUGAUAAUACGCGCAGCAAUUACAUGCCAUAUUCGAGGGUAAGUUAUUGCAGUUAUGUAUAGAGAUAUUAAAUGCUCACAAGGAUUUACACGUAGUUAAGAGCAGCGUAGCAAAAGAUUCAAUUUAUAGAAUGCCGGAAUAUGAAGAGAGCUCAAUCGAUAAAUAUCGAUUUCUAUGAUACAUACCAUAUCGUAAAAUGAUAGCCACGUUUGCGUUUAUGGAGAAGUUAUUUGUAUAUAAUGAGGGACGAUUUGCUGUAAUGGAACCAUUAGAUGCUUUAGCCAUGAAGAUCCUGAAGGAUUUGGAAGGCGUGGCCAGACCCACGCAACUGUGUGCCCUGUUGCCCUUCUUCAAUGGCAAUCAGUCGGACAAUUUCAGCAUUAAUUCGGCGGGCAAAAUUUAUGGACGCGUUAUGGCCCUGAUCCUGCUGGUCAGCUCGGUCUUUUUCUGCCAUGAUGUACUGUUCGCAUCAGAGAAUUACAAGCUAAUGGUCCAUUCACAGGGUGAGACGGAAGACAUCAAUAGAACCAUUGAGACGCUAUUCUGCAUAGUUAGCUAUACGAUAAUUGUGGUAUCCAGUGUUUUGAAUACCUCUAAACAUUUUCGCACCUUACGUGAUCUAUCCCUGCUGGAUGGGUAUCUCGAGGCACAUGGCUAUACGAGCAGCUAUAGCUGUCGAUAUCUGGGCAGCCUGUUGAUCUUCGUCUCGGCGAGCGUUGUGGUCGUCGCCUUCUACUACAUACAUUUUCUGAGCAACAUCGACGUAAAGAGGCAGUGCAUCCUAAUGUGCAUCUAUGGCCUGCAGAUGCUUUACUCCUGCGUGUUUGCCAUCUAUCUGCGCACCGUACUCAUGUGUCUGGCAUUGAGAAUUGAGUUCCUGAACGCACGACUCGAACAGUUCACACAGAAGGAUCGAGAGCAAUAUCUGAAGGAUGAUUGGUGUGAAUUAUCAAAUCUUAUCGAGAUUCUCUGCAAAUUCCGUUACAUUACGGAGAACAUGAAUUCGGUAACGGGCGUUGCAUUGCUCUUCUUCUUCGGCUUCUCCUUCUACACGGUAACCAAUCAGAGCUAUUUGGCCUUCUCUACGUUGACAACGCCCGACCAGCUGCGCAAGGAGCACGACACAAUAGGCUUGUCCUGCGCCUGGGUCAUCGCAGAAACAGCCAUAAUGGCAGUCAUUUGCAGUUCCUUCGAUUGCCUGGCCUCCGAGGCUAAUACUACCUCCCAGAUACUAGCGCGCGUCUAUGGCAAGAGCAAGGAGUUUCAAAAUAUCAUUGACAAAUUUCUAACCAAGAGCAUUAAACAAGAGGUACAAUUUACGGCAUAUGGUUUCUUUGCAAUAGACAACUCCACACUCUUCAAGAUAUUUUCAGCGGUCACAACAUAUUUGGUUAUUUUGAUUCAAUUCAAACAGUUGGAAGACUCGAAGUUGGAGGAACAAGAAGUAGUUUAA